ACAGCUUAUGUAAAUGUUCAUUCACAAUGUUCAUGAACGUAAAAAUGUACAUAAUCGAUUAAUCGAAUAAUCGAUUUUGGUUUCCUAUCGUUAUCGUUCGCCUUUUUUAAUAUCGACUUUGAGAUCCUCAGAAAGAAGAAGAAUUUCUUUAAUUGAUGCGGUUCAACAAUUUAAAUAUAUUAACUGAAAUUUGCAAAUGAUUUGACAAUGAAUACGCCUGGUAUGAGUCUCUUCAAAGGUUCGGAGAGCCUUAAAAUAAACAGCACCUUAGAAAGGCUAGAGGAAGAGGAGGAUUUGGAAGACCAACGCAGAAGGCAAGCGGAGCUGGGUGAUAUCUUGGAAAAUGGCUUUGACGAUUUGGACGAUGAUGAGGGGACUAUUGAUUCCACUACGAACUUUCCAAGUGAUCUGGCUACGGAUGGUGGAUUGGAGCAUCAUCAACAACAUGACAUUUUACCAUUGCCUUCGCAUCCUUAUGGACAAAACAUUUUCACCCAAAAGCCUUUGGCAACACCUGUCGAUCAUUCCUCGUGUGAGGCAGAAAUUCAUAAUCUUAAAAUGGCUUUGGAAUCCCGCACCCAUGAAUUGGAUCAUACACAGAGUUUGCUGAAAGAGGAAUACAAAACACGCAAUGAUUUGGAGAAAAAAUUAUCUAUAGCAGAAGCCGAGCUGGAUCGCUCAUUGUCGCAGCGGAACAACACACAUGAACUGCUAGUGGAGUCAAAGGAGAAAUGUUCAAACUUGGAAAGUGCCAUUGAGAAGCUAAAGGCCGAAAAGAAGCAUGUGGAAACGGAGAACAAUAAUUUAAUUGCAAAAUUGGAUACGGCACAAAUGCUAUUGGCUGAUGCUCAGCGAAAAUAUGACAUGGUAGAAAGAGAUAUGAACAAGAACUCACAAAGAAAUUUCGAAAUGAAACAAAAGCAUAUGGAAGAUCUUCAUCGGGCCCAAAUGGAGGUACUUCAACAGCAAUUGCAACAAACCAACAAUAAAUUGGACAAAAAAUCCUCAGAACUGGAAAGCCUGACUAUGCGCUAUGAAAGUCUGCAACGUAAUCACGAAUUGAUGCUGUGUGACAAAGCCAGCAAAAUCAAUGAUCUCAGUCAAGCUUUGGAUCAAGCCCAAAAACGUUGUGAUGAUCUUUUUUCGCGUCCUGAUUAUUUCCAGGAAAAUGUACGCUUGCAAAAGUUAGUUGCGAGUCUACAAGAUCAGAUAAAGGGUAUGGAAAAGACAAUUUCAUCUCUGACCGAACGUCUUGAAGUGACCACAGCAGAGUUAGAUUUAAUGGACAGCGUACUACAUCAACACAAUAUGGAGGAUACACCUCGUAGGCUAAGUCAAACUCAAGGCAAAGUAGUGGGUAGCACCCCUCUCAAUCCCAUAGAUCGUGUGGGAAAUCUUAAAGAUGAGCUCUAUCGAGCUUUAGCCAAUGUCAAAGCGAAAAGGGAGGAGGUAAGACGGCUGCAACAAACUUUGGAAGAGAAACAAAAUGAAAUACGCACCCUUAAACAAGAUGAGAAUAAGGCUUUGGUACAAAUAUCAACACUCAGAGAGGAGAAUGUGCGUUCGGAAAACAAACUUAAAGUACUGCAAGAAGAGUACGAGUCUAUGAAGAACUCUAAAGAUCAGCGCCAGGAGGAUAACCAAAUGCAGGAAUUAAAAUCCGAAUUAGAAGAGCUACGCCUUCAGAUGGAUAUUGUGAAACAGAAAAACACAUCACUAGAACAAGAAAAACAAAGUCAAGAGUCAGAACGAAAAAAACUAGAUUUUCAAAUAAAAAAUUUAGAAAUCGAUUUGGAAGAGUUAAAGCAGGAGCAUGAGAGUCUUAAACUGAACCAUGAACAACAACAAAAAGAGAACCAAGAGCUAAGACAAAGACACACCGCCGAUGAUGUACGCCUUGAUUUGGAGAAACACAAAUUCCUUCUGAAGGAUGCCCAAGCUGAAUGCGACCGCUUGAAAAAUCUCUAUGUGGAAAUAUCAAAUUCGAAGGAGGCUAUGUCAUAUGAAAUGGAUAAGCUGCUAAAGUCUGAUCAAGCGAAGGAAUUGCAAAUGGCAAAAGAAAAGAUAGCCCACUUGCAGAGAUCUCUGCAGUUGAGUGAAGUUAAAACUUCAGAGCUUGCCAAGAUGUUGGAAACCGAAAAACUAUGUCACGAACGAGAAUUGGCAAUGCUGAGAGAGAAGUUCGAAAAAGAAAAGCUGGAAUCAUCAACAAAGGCAGCAAAGGAGGCCGCAAAUGAAUGUACAAAAUGUCUGGAAUAUGUGGCUGAGUUAACGAAGUUUGAAAUCCAAAAUCUAAAAUUAACGAAUGUCAAUGCAGUAUCUAAAAAAGAAAUCGAUGAAUUGAAAGAGGAACUCAAAACAUCCAAGGAUCAUAUUUCCGAACUCAAUCAACAGCUAAAACUAAGUGGUCAACAGGAACAAAUCAUUAGGGAGCUUAAAACAAAGGCUGCCCAAUUUGAGGAAUAUAUUAAAAGUCAUAGUUCAUCCUCGGAGAUAUCUCAAAAUUCUUCAUCGCGUAGUAACAAACAAUUGAGUGACAAAAGUGUUAUAACCUCCCCCGAAUUAGAGCGAAAUGAAACUAGAAAAAUUGAAGCUCGCAUACGUGAUGAAAUGGCCAAGAUAUUUGCUGUGGAGCUAAAGAAAUUCCAGCUAAAAUUACAAGAAAGCCAAGAGCAAAGCCUUUGUUUGCAACGAGAAUAUCAACAUUUGAAUGUAGAACUCCAACAAAGACAACUAGAAGUUGAGCAACUGAAACAGGCCAUUUUGCUGGAACGUGAAAGUAUGGAAGAAAUUCUCAAACAAAAAGAUGAGGAUCAUCGCGAUGCAGUGAAGAAACAAAAUGUUACGCUACAAAGAUCUCGUGAUGAGUUACAAUUGAGGGAACAAAAAAUAAAAGAUUUGACCAAUGAAUUGAACGAGCGACAACAACAAAUUGAGGCCGAACGCCAAUCCAUGAAGGCUGUAAUGAAACAAUGGGAGGAACAGAGAAAGUCUCUGGACGCUGUUGAAAUGGAAUGGAAGCAAAAGUUUGUGGAUUUGCAAAAAUCGCAUGAGGUAUCGAUGGCGUCGUGGCAAAGCAAAUAUAAUUCUGCCAAAAGAACGGCAGCAAAUUAUAAGCGCUAUUCUGAAGAUAAGGAAGCUCAUAUGCUAAAGGAAUAUGACCGUCUGAAAUUUGAAUAUGAUGCUUCAUUGGCUAAAAUAGAAGCCCGUAUGAAAGAAAACUACGAAAAGAAAAGUAAAGAGCUUUUGCAAGCUCUGAGUGAUAGAAAUGCCAGCAAUCAUAACAAUAAAGAAAAUAAAGUUAGCAAUAAAUAAUACAUACUAGGCUUUGACUUGAAAUAAUUAUAUUAGUAUGUAUAUAGAUUUGUUUAUAAGUUGUUUUUAGUUGAAUUUGAUAUGAGUAUACCUAUGGCUCGAUUUGGGAUGGCAACCCAACUUCGGUUGCGUUGCCAACGGCCAAAUUUGUAACGUACAUUUCUACAAAUUUCUUA